UCGCCUUCCCUGCCUUUGCCCGCCUCGCUCUGUCCGGCGCUCCGAGGGAAAAGACCGCUCCGCCACCGGGGCGAAGCCGGGCAAACGAGCCGUCGGGGCCGCCUUUGGCAGAGCCGGAUCGUCCCCCGCUGCCAGCCGGGAUCUCCGGGGAAGGAUCCUGGAAUCCGCUCCUCCCUCCACGGAUCGGAUCCUUCGCGGGGAGGGACGAGGAAGCCACCGAGAUCUACCCGGGGCCUCCGCCCGCGCCCACGGAAGAGGAAGAGAUCGCGGCGCCCGCGGGCGCCAGGGAAGCCUUGGAGGGCAUGUAGAGCGCCUCUGGGUUGCAGACCUGGAUCGUCUUCCCCGAUGGGAGGGGGUUUGAGCUGGCUCCCAGCUCUCCCCGUGGUCUCCCUUCCGCUGGGGGUCCAUGUUCCUAGACCCAAUGAGGCCGGGAGGGCACGAUGGAGCCAUUGAAAACCAUGUUCCGGAAAGCCCCUCUGGUGGGCGGCUGGGGUCCAGGCUCCCGAGUGGGGGGUCCCUCCGGAGUCGGGGGUCCCUCCGCUUAUGCCAACCCCGUCUGGAGGGCGUUGUUUGACUACGAGGCCGCCAGCACGGAUGAGCUGACCCUGCGCAAGGGGGACUUGGUGGAAGUCCUGUCUUGGGACUCGGCCAUCUCUGGCGACGAAGGCUGGUGGGCCGGCAAGCUGAACGACCGAGUGGGCAUCUUCCCGUCGAAUUAUGUCUCGCCCAAGACGGCGGCCUAUGUGGCACCCAGCGACCCCCCCGAGGCGGACUUUCGGGACCUGACGCUGGAGGAGGUGAUCGGGGUGGGGGGCUUCGGGAAGGUCUACCGGGGCAGCUGGAAGGGGCAGUUGGUAGCGGUCAAGGCGGCGCGCCAGGACCCGGACGAGGACAUCAGCACCACGGCCGAGCGAGUGCGUCAGGAGGCCCGUCUCUUCGCCAUGCUCAAGCACCCCAACAUCAUCGUCCUGAAGGCCGUCUGUCUGCAGGGGCCCAACCUGUGUUUGGUGAUGGAGUACGCGGCUGGAGGGCCGCUCAGCCGGAUGCUGGCCGGACGCCGCAUCCCGCCGCACAUCCUCAUCAACUGGGCAGUCCAGAUCGCGCAGGGCAUGGAGUACCUUCACUGUGGCGCCAUCGUGCCCGUCAUCCACCGGGACCUGAAAUCCAACAACAUUUUGUUGAGUGAAUACGUGGACGACGGCGAGGUCAGUGGGAAAACUCUCAAAAUCACCGAUUUCGGUCUGGCCAGGGAAUGGCACAAAACCACUAAAAUGAGCGCAGCCGGGACGUACGCCUGGAUGGCCCCGGAGGUCAUCAAAAACUCAACUUUUUCCCGGGGUAGUGACGUCUGGAGUUAUGGGGUGCUCUUGUGGGAACUCCUCACCGGCGAAGUUCCAUACCGGGGAAUUGACGGGCUGGCCGUGGCUUAUGGGGUUGCCGUCAACAAACUCACACUCCCGAUACCAUCUACGUGCCCUGAACCCUUUGCCCGUUUAAUGACAGAGUGCUGGCAGCAGGACCCCCACGCGCGCCCCAGCUUUGCCUCCAUCCUCGACCAGCUGACGGUCCUCGAGACGCAGGUGUUGCACGACCUGCCCCAAGAGUCCUUCCAUUCCAUGCAAGACGACUGGAAAGUGGAGAUCCAGGAUAUGUUUGACGAACUGCGGGCAAAAGAGAAGGAGCUGUUGAGCCGGGAGGAAGAGCUGAAGCAGGCAGCCCUGAAGCAGAAGUCCCAGGAGGAAUUUCUCCGCCAGCGGGAACACGAACUGGCCCAGUGGGAGCUGGAGGUCUUCGAGCGCGAACUCAGCCUCCUCAUCCAGCAGAUGAACCGCGAUCGGCCGCACGUGAAGAAGCGCAAGGGUACCUUCAAGCGCAACAAGCUCAGAGGAAGGGACAGCGAUCGCAUCAGCAUGCCGCUCGAUUUUAAGCAUCGCAUCACGGUUCAAGCAUCCCCAGGGCUGGACAAGAGGAAGGAUUUUUUCGAUGCCGGCGCGGGGGGCUCCCCCACAUUCCCACGCUUUCGAGCUAUCCAGUUGGAACCGAGUGAGAACGAUCAGAACUGGAACCGGCAACUCCCCCGUCGUAGCGAUGAGACCUGGAAUGGCCAUACCAAGAGCCCGGGCUCCCCUAAAAUGCCCGAGGGCAGUACGCAAAAUGGCAGGAGGAGAUCGCGGCCCGAAGAAACAACGUGGUAUGUAGAUCCGGCUGGUUCCCCUGUUCACUCACCGCUGCAUUCUCAGUCCAACCAGAACGGCGACGUCGCCGGCAACUCUGCGGAAACCGAGGACCAGACACUGGAAAGGCCAAACGGGCCCCGGCUCAUCCAGAGGGUUUUACUCAGGGGUUCAGCCUUGCUGGCUUCCCUGGGAUUGGGCCGUGAGUUGCCGGCCCCCUCUUCGGAGGGGCCCGUGGAAGGGCCAACUUCUCGGAAGCUGUCUCCCCAAAGAGACCCCACUCCUGCUCUACAGGUGGACACCUGCAAGGAUGAGGCUGCCACGGAUCUCCUCAUUGACCUGGCUUCGGUGGGGGACAGGACGGCCUUGCCACCCCUAUGGAUACGAGAGUCACCCAGGGUGCCACAGACCGUGGAAGGACGGACCACCAAGGCCCAAAAGUGGGAUGGCGCCUUCCCCUCUCCCUCCUCCCCCCGCAGCCCCCGCUCCCCUCGCCCCUCCCUUCACCCCACCCUCAUUUCCCGUCCCCGUCCUUCCCCUAUCCGCAGCCGGAUCGACCCCUGGAGCUUCGUCUCAUCAGGAUCCCGGGCCUCACCAGCAGUCACCCCAGUCCAGUCACCCCGCCUGGCUCCACGACAGUUCAAACCACUCGGUCCCGAAAGCACCAACCCUUUCGGGGCGCCCAAUUCGGACCCCUUCACCUGGGGGGACUUUUUGGUGCCCGCCGACCCUUUUCUGGGGACCUCCACCCGGGCAGCCCCAGAGACACUGAGCCCUGCAGUUUGCUGGACCUCCAGACCACUCCCACCUCCGCAAGAGGAUUUGCCAGCCGCGUCCUGGUGGGGGGAGACUUCCUGCCCCCCGGGAAGCACCGUCCCCAAAUGACCAGGGACACGCGGUUUCCAGAACUACGCCUGCCGGGCUUCGCGGGACGGGACUGUGGCCAAAGAUGUGAGGACCAGAGAGGCGGCUGUUC